AUGAGGAAGAGGGUAAAUGUUCUUUUCUCCUUUCUCGUUUCUCGCUCUUUCUCAUGUUGGUUCCUUUAUGAUGGCACUGUAAUGCAGACGAGUUGUAUGAACUCCCCGACUUUUGAUCCCGUUGACUGGGAACCAGUGUGGACGAUUACGUUUCGACCGUCCAACGUGAGCAACAACCAAUGUUCACUAAACACAUUUUUCGCAUCCCAUCGCACAUGGAAGCCACGGGAUGGGCAGGGGUUAAGGGGGGAGGUUGGAAAUGAAUUAAAAAAAAAACGCGGGACGGAUCUUAUGGCUAGUUGGACCAGCACGACCAGGUGUGGGAGAAAUCCCAGUAAACCGGUGAGAUUGUGGAGAAGGGGACGGGAACGGACGGACGGACUGGAAGUCUGGAAUGAGAAAAGGGUAUGA